ACUUCAGAUACACCACUGCUGAAACUUCGCCAUUGCUCACACUCCGAAAGGUUAUCCACACAAACACAACCCCACCAUGGCAAUCUUCCCAUCUUCUUCGUCCUUCAUUCAUCCUCAACUAUGGCAUAUCGUAGCCAAGAUGUCUCUCCUUGACACCAUUCUGUUCUACAUCAUAAAUUUGGUGGACAAGUUGGGGAUAUGGCACAGAUUGCCGGUGUUCAUGGGGCUGGCUUAUUUGGGAAUCAGGCGGCACUUGCACCAACGAUACAAUCUCUUGGACGUCGCCGGGAAAAUAGGCCGUAAAUAUCAGGUCGGAGAGUUCGGAUAUCGGACGGCCGACGGAACCUGUAACCAUCCUAACGAUGAUCUGAUCGGCAGCCAGGGAACUGUGUUUGGCCGCAACAUGCCUCCCUCCACUUCACUCUACGGAUUGCUUGAUCCUCACCCAACAUUGGUGGCCACCAAGCUUUUGGAGAGAAGGAAGUUCAUAGAUAGUGGGAAGCAAUUCAACAUGAUUGCUUGUUCUUGGAUACAGUUCAUGAUUCAUGACUGGAUUGAUCAUAUGGAGGACACUCACCAGGUGGAACUCAAAGCUCCGGAUGAAGUUGCAGAUGGGUGUCCAUUGAAGUCAUUCAAGUUCUUUAAGAAUAAACAAGUUUCUACAGGCUCACUGGAGGUUAAGACUGGGUUUCUGAAUACAAGAACCCCAUGGUGGGAUGGGAGUGUAAUCUAUGGCAAUAACAAGGAGGGGAUGGGAAGGGUGAGAACAUUUAAGGAUGGCAAGUUAAAGAUCUCAGAAGAUGAACUUCUUGAACAUGAUGAAAAGGGAAUUCCCAUCUCUGGUGAUGUCCGAAAUUGUUGGGCAGGGUUCUCGCUUCUGCAAGCUUUCUUUGUCAAGGAACAUAAUGCUGUUUGUGAUAUGCUCAGAGAAAAUUACCCUAAUUUUGAUGAUGAGAAGCUCUAUAGACAUGGGAGAUUGGUAACUUCCGCAGUCAUUGCCAAAAUACACACUAUUGAUUGGACAGUUGAACUCUUGAAGACUGACACUCUUUUGGCAGGCAUGAGGAUCAAUUGGUAUGGCUUUCUGGGAAAGAAAUUCAAGGAUUUAUUUGGACAUGUAUGUGGGCCAAUACUAAGUGGAUUGGUUGGUCUUAAGAGCCCUAGAGAUCAUGGAAUUCCCUAUUCUUUGACAGAAGAAUUUGUAAGCGUCUACAGAAUGCACUGCCUUCUACCUGAUGAACUUAUCCUAAGAGACAUUAAGUCUUCAACUUCUGAAUACAAAUCCCCACCAAUUGAAGAAGUGUUGCCUAUGAAGGAAAUGGUGGGGAAAGAAGGAGAAAGAAGACUAGCAAAAAUCGGAAUGGAGCAGAUGAUGGUAUCGAUGGGUCAUCAGCCAUGUGGAGCUGUAACAUUAUGGAACUACCCUACAUGGAUGAGGAAUCUUGUUGCUCAUGAUGUUAAUGGAGAAGAUAGACCGGAUCCAGUUGAUAUGGCAGCUUUGGAAAUUUAUAGAGAUAGAGAAAGAAGAGUUGCGCGAUAUAACGAGUUCAGAAGAAACUUACUCAUGAUUCCCAUUAGCAAGUGGGAGGAUUUAACCGAUGAUGAGAAGGUAGUUGAAGCUCUGCAUGAAGUCUAUGGAGACGAUGUUGAGAAACUUGAUUUGCUAGUAGGCCUACAUGCAGAGAAGAAAAUCAAAGGCUUUGCCAUCGGCGAGACAGCUUUCUUUAUCUUUCUACUCCUUGCCUCGAGGAGGCUUGAAGCUGACCGGUUCUUCACAACCAACUUUAAUGAGCAAACCUACACAGAGAAAGGCCUCGAAUGGGUAAACAAGACAGAGAGCUUGAAGGAUGUAAUCAGUCGGCAUUUCCCUGAGAUGACGAGGAAAUGGAUGAGAAGUUCAAGCGCUUUUGCAGUGUGGGAUUCGUCGCCAACUCCAACGACCUGCAUACCCUUGUACCUGAGACCAGUGCGGUAAUGUGGAGGUUUGUUUUUGAUGAAGAUGCCAGUUAGAGAGGGAGGGUCAUUGGAGCUGGUUGAAGAAGUACAUAUAUGAAUAACUGCUAAUUAGUACUUGUGAAAUGGAAAUAACAGUGUAUUUCCAGUGGUGAGUCGAGUGUAGAUACGCUUGUCUACUCUACGCAAUGUGGAGUGCCUUUCUGCAUGCAUCUCAUUACCUUUGAGUUGAGGUGUACAAUUAGAUUAGUAUCCAUCAUAAAAGUAUUAAUUUUAUUACAUAUUAUGAUGUGGUAAAUAUUCUGUAACUGCACUGUCAAGCUUGAACUCAUCUCUAACAAGGCAGGCUGGCUAUUCAAUUGAAGAACUCAGACUCAAGCAGGCUGUUGUCACUAAGAGUAAUGCUAUUCAUCUCCGGAUAGAUCCAAAGAUGAAUAGUAGUAAUGUGAUAGUCUAUGCAGAAGUGUUUGCCUGGAAAAGAUGAAAGGGCG